GGAAGGCCGGAGUAAGUUUGGGUCAGAAAGUAACAGGAAAUGGGUACGAUUUCAAAGACACCACGUUGUUUCAUUUCUCCAGACCGAUUAACGGGCUGAGUGUUUCUUGAGUUUCUUUUCCCCGACGUUUCGUUUGGUGAGGAAGCGGAUCCUAGUGAUGAAACCGCAGAGCAGCAGCCGGAGUGAUGUUGCGAGACAAUCCCACCCCUGGCUUCUUCGGUUUCGUUUUCUCGGAUUUUGGCGGCGGGAGGAGGGAUGGGGUAAGGGGGAACUGGUAACAACACCCGGGUACGGCAGGAAGACCGCCUGUUGCUCACUCCGGACUCCAGCGAGAUCCCGAAGAUCCACCAACUGGAGCCUAGUACAGAAGACAAACACUCCGAAGAACAGGAUUCGGAGCCCCAGGAUUUGAGUCCCAGCACUGAACUGAGCUCGAAGCCCUGCCGCACAAAAAUCUGCGCCUGGUGGUUCCCCCGAGCUCUCUUCAUUUCAGCAGGAUAAGGAUCAAUAAAGAAAAGUUACACAUUCCUAAAUGUCCAAAUCCCGUGCCUGGCGUGAGACUCCAUCUGAAAGACGCAGUCGGAAGCUUGAGAGAACAAGCGGUCUCUCUUCAGAGGAGGAGAUGGAUUUUCCAUUGAAAUCUGAGCAGCAAAGAGGGGUUUGGAACUUUCCUGUACCAAAAGUUUGGGAAGAAACUAAACCUACACCGUCUUUUGCCAUACCCAAUGUAUAUCUUCCAAAGAAAAAUGAAGGCUUCAAUUUCCACCCAUCAACUAUACAAAGGGAAGAUGUGAAUGAUCUGGGAGAACAAAAGCAACAAGGCAAGAAACCAGAAAACACUUUAUACAAUCAAUAUGAAGAGAAGAUCCGCCCUUGUAUUGACCUCAUUGAUUCUCUGAGGGCCCUUGGAGUGGAAAAGGACUUGGCGUUGCCGGCAAUUGCUGUGAUUGGAGACCAGAGCUCUGGGAAAAGCUCUGUUCUAGAAGCACUAUCUGGAGUCGCUCUUCCUAGGGGCAGUGGUAUUGUCACGAGAUGCCCCUUAGCACUCAAGCUGAAGAAACUUCCUUCUGGUCAUAAAUGGAAAGGGAAAAUUAGUUAUCUGAAUAAAAAUAUGGAACUCUCAAAUCCUUCAGAGGUGGAAAAAGAAAUAAGAAAAGCUCAAAACCUAAUGGCUGGUGAAGGUGUGGGCAUUAGCUAUGAAUUAAUUAGCCUAGAAAUUAACUCUCCGGAGGUUCCAGACUUGACACUAAUCGAUCUACCAGGGAUUGCAAGAGUGGCUAUGGGUAACCAGCCACAAGAUAUCGGAGAUCAGAUCAAAAAGAUGAUUAAAAAAUUCAUUGAUAAAGAAGAGACAAUCAAUUUAGUGGUGGUUCCAAGUACUGUGGAUAUUGCCACAACAGAAGCAUUGAAGAUGGCUCAGGAGGUGGAUCCAGAUGGAGACAGAACACUUGGGAUCCUGACAAAGCCUGACCUGAUAGACAAAGGAACUGAGGGGAGUGUUCUGAACAUAGUGAGGAACUUAGUCAUCCCUCUGAAAAAGGGAUAUAUGAUUGUGAAAUGCCGUGGGCAGCAAGACAUCCAGUCCAACACGAGCCUUGCCUCUGCAAUCCAGAAGGAGAAAGCAUUUUUUGAGAAUCAUAAAUAUUUUAGUACGCUUCUACUGGAGAAAAAAGCCACAAUUUCCUUACUGGCUGAGAAACUUACAACUGAACUUGUGAGACACAUCUAUAAAUCUUUACCUUCAUUAGAUGAGCAAAUAAGCUUUCAGCUUCAAAAAGCAAAUGAUGAGAUGCGGAGAUUCGGCAAAGGCAUGCCAAAAACGACUGGUGAAAGGCUGUAUUUUUUAACUGAUAAAAUCAAAAUGUUUAAUGAGGAUAUCACACGUGUAGUACAAGGAGAAGAAAAAUUGUCUGAAAACGAUACCAGGCUGUGCACAAAAAUUCGUAAAGAAUUUCAUAAAUGGGGCCUAAUAAUUGCUGAGUAUGGCAAGAAGAAUGUUCUUCAGAGAGAAACCAGAGUUUGGUGGGCUGGAGCAGCCACCACUCUUCUACUAGCAAGGAGAGGAAAGUGUUCCCUGCCUGGAGCUGGGAGGUUUAUGAUUCCGAGGAGAGUUCAAAAAUCUCUAAAACCUGAGGAGUGGAAAUUUGAACAUCAGUAUCGUGGCCGAGAGCUUCCUGGGUUCAUCAAUUACAAAACAUUUGAGGGUAUUAUGAGGAAGCAUAUUGUGGUACUUGAAAUGCCCUCUAUUGAAAUGCUGAAUAAAGUGACAGAAAUAGUUCGUCAAGCUUUUAUGGAGGUUGCUAAAGAGAAUUUUGAAGGUUUCCCCCAUCUUCAUAUACAAGCUAAGAAUAGAAUUGAAAGUAUUAAGGAGCAGUGUGUAAAUAAAGCGGAAGAUAUCAUCAGAAUCCAGUUUGCAAUGGAACAGAUCUUAUUCUGCCAGGACAAUGUCUACAGGAUACACUUAAGUGAUGAAAAGGAAAAAGAUGAAAAAGCAAAAAGUCAUCCAGACUCCAUAGUCCCUGCCCCCUUGAAACUACAAAUUCCUCUUGGAUCCACUCUUGCUGAAGACACUUCAAUCACAGAAAUAGCUCAUCAUUUGAAGACAUACUACAAUAGUGCAGGUGGCCGUCUCUCAUGUCAAAUUCCUCUGAUAAUCCAGUACAACGUCCUCAAGGAAUAUGGAGAUGAGCUGCAGAAAGAAAUGCUGCACCUAUUGCAAGACAAAGAGAAGCUGGAAGUUUUACUCCAGGAGCGCAGAGAUGCUGCUGAACAGAGGCAGUUGCUAAGCGACCGCAUUCAUCGUCUGUCUGAAGCUCGGAACCACUUAGCAACAUUUUCUGAUUAAAAAGGAUGUAUGGCUAAGCACCAUUUCUGAAAAGCUAGUUGGCUAGACAGUUAUCGCUGCAGAUCGCAUUCAGCUGUUUAAAAAUAAGCUGUAUUUUUUUACUUGUAAUUAUUUUGUAUGCUGAGCUUUUCUGAGUGUUUCACAGCCUUCCCCAGCUUGGCAUACAAAAUUAUUCAAAAGGGCCCUUAGUGGCCCGCUGUGCCUUAUUUGCUAAGCACCUCAAGGAAAAACCUGCUCACAUUCAUCUUGAUUUAAAUAUCACUAGUUUGGACUGUUAAAACUAAUGGAGCAACGCUUCUAUGGUUAUGUCCAGGAAGUAGUCUGGUCCAGUUUCAUUGCGUGAUUUUAUGUUGUGGUGGUCUGAAAAUAUGGAAGACGGGCUUGGUGAGAUACAGCUGACCCUCCUGUUUGCUCAGCCCUUAUAAUACCUAGCAGGAAGGGUUUGACCAGCUGGCUCUGAAUGUCUCCUUGGGAAGAGGCUGUCCUGGUUGCUUUGAAAGAGGCAGGCACGAGAAUACUCCUGAUGAAACCCCCUGGACUUCUGGAAUUGUUAUGACAAGUUGCAAAUAUCCUUUUGGUGGCAAGAUGUUGAAAUGUGUAGUGGCUGCCCACCUCCAGUCAUUGUUGGCAUAAUUAUCUUGAUCCAUUUCAGCCUGGUUUUAACACUGUAACAACCUGAUUGACUUGAUACAUAUAGGGCAGUGGGAGGCAGGGGGAAUAGUGGUUACCUUUAAAACCUUACAUAGCCUUUCCCAACCUGGUGUCCUCCAGAUAUUUUGGACUACAGCUGCCAGCAUUCUUACUAUAGGCUCUGGCCCAGCCCACUACUGGCUUCAACCCUGGUGUACAGGACUGCAGCCAAUGGGUCUGUUCAUGGUUAGGCUGCUAACCCUUUUGCAGUAACUGGUUAGUGAACAUGUUUAAACCGUGGUUAUGUAGCCACCAUGGUUAGGAAUGAUUCACAUGACAUGCUUAACCACUGUGGCUUAAUGUGUUGUCUGAACAGGGUCAAUAUCACAUCCAAGUUUCAGGAAACAUUCUACCAUUGCCUCACCGUAGCCUGAACCAUGUAAAGGGUGCAGUGCUAGAUCAUAAGAAGUCAAGAAGUCUCUAAAAGAAAUUCCAAAUGAAUAGAUCAAAUGUUCUCAGUAAUACACAAAGUGAUUGUAUAAAGAAAAGCAUUUUGUUCAUGUUUUGCUCUUGUUCUGAGAAAGUCUGCAUUGUAUACAGAAACAGAAUUUUAUCUCCCUUCUUAUAAGAUUUGAGUCCUGAGUAGACUUCAGGAAAAAACAUGAGUGCUUUUCAAGGAAGCACAAAAUUAUUCGCUGUAGGCAGGGAAAGAUUGCAAAAAGUUUAUUCCUUGUCACUUGUAUACAAGAUACACAUUGUGUUUCUGAAGCUAACAAAACACUUCCUGCCUAAAAUUGUAGUGACACAAAUAGUUAACAAUUCUGCAUGAUUUAAAUUCAUUUUUCUUAUCAGUAUGUCUGUAUUAAAAUAAAUAAUAAUGUGAAUGGCGCUUUA